UUUAUUAAAGGCAGGAAGUACCCUAUGCCGAUUCUACAGUCUAAUUAUAGCCAACGCCUAAUUAACAUUCUUUUCAUUUCGUGGUUAAAAUAAAUAGUAUCCUGUAUUUUUGUGGCUUCCUCCGGAUAGCUUGAUGCAACUCAUUGUGCGCAAAGUGCACACUUUUACGCACGGAAGGAGCGACCUUGCAAUCCGCCUAUGGAUUUCUCAAGACGCAGAGAAAGCGGAAGAACUUUACACUCCCGCAGCACACUCCGGCCAUGGGUGAAUUCAAAGGACAUUUGAACAUUGCCAUGCGUUCCUGGAAAUCUGUGUCUCACUUUGCUCAUUAAGAUGCUCAUAUGGCAAAAAGUAUUCCGUGGUAGAGUUUAGGUGAGUCUUGCUACUGGAAAAAUGUGUAGAUUGGAGCUCAAUUUGUGCCAACAUGGAGCAUCGCGCGGACACCCUGUAGUGCAAUAAAUAAAUGUGAGGGAAGCAAAGAUUAACAGAGCGAGGAGACCAUAGCUCAAACUUUCAGAUUGACAGCAUUUAAUAAAUCAUAAUGGCUCCACAUCCCGUAAUCCAGGCAAUCAUCGACUUUUCGGCUGGAGCAAUAGGUGGAACAGCUUGUGUGCUGAGUGGUCAGCCGUUUGACACCACAAAGGUGAAGAUGCAGACGUUCCCCACCAUGUACCGCGGCUUCAUCCACUGCUUUACAUCCACCUUCAGGCAGGUGGGACUACGUGGUCUCUACAAAGGCUCGAGCCCGGCCCUAAUAGCCAACAUCAGUGAGAACGCUGUGCUCUUCUUGAGUUAUGGUCUCUGCCAGGAUGCCAUCCGCUUUGUGUCCAGGAUGGAUAAAGGAGCAGGUCUCAGUGAUAUUCAGAAGGCAUCCGCAGGGUCUUUAGCAUCCAUCUUCUCCUCCAUGGCGAUAUGCCCCACCGAGCUGGUGAAAUGUCGCCUGCAGGCCAUGCACGAAAUGGAAGCAUCUGGCAGGAUCGCAAGCGGACAGAGAAGCACAGUGUGGGCCGUAGUGAAGACAGUGUUGAAGACAGACGGCCCCCUGGGUUUCUACCAAGGCCUGACAUCCACCAUGGUGAGGGAGAUACCAGGUUACUUCUGCUUCUUUGGAGCCUAUGAAAUGUGUCGGUCUAAAUUUGCGCAGCACAUGGGCACGGACAAGGACAGCAUAGGUGUUCUUCCACUCAUGUUCAGCGGUGGAUUUGGGGGUGCUUGUCUGUGGUUGAUAGUCUAUCCCAUAGACUGUGUGAAGUCCAGGAUCCAGGUGUACUCUCUAGCUGGGAGGCAAGAGGGCUUCAUGAAGACCUUCAAGGGCAUCAUACGCUCUGAAGGGUUCACUGCUCUGUACUCGGGCCUGACUCCUACCAUGAUACGCACCUUCCCUGCCAAUGGAGCCCUCUUCCUGGCUUAUGAGGUCAGCCGCAAGUUCAUGAUGAAGACAGCUGGUGAAUGAUGUGGAGGAUCUUUACAACUGAAGAAAGUAUGGUGCCGAAACACUGCCUUGUCCCCUUGUAUUUUUAAAAUGAGAUGACCAAACGUUUUUAUUGUGUCCUGUUUGAUUAUGAGCUAAAUGAUUUUUAUUUUUAUUUUUCUGUUGCUUUGACUCUACUGCCCCCUGUGAGGAAUGUGUAAAUUUAAUUAAAACCAUUACACCCUCUGA